AUGGACCAUUUCAAGUGGAACUCGUUUGCAUUUAUCUAUUCAGCAGAUGAAGAUUCGCAGAAAUGCCCGAUUUUCGUAACAGAUGUUCAGGCUCGGGAAGCGUUUGAAAGAACAUUUAUGCUGAGCGAUGUAAGCACUGCAGUACCAUAA